UGUGAAUGAUUAACCCUCUCACACAGGGCUAAACAUUCACACACAGCUCAGACAGUGUCUUGGUCUUUGCCCAAAGUCUAAUGGGAAGCGUCAUGUUUGACAUCAAACGUGGAAUAUAGUUACCAAGAUCACAGGAUCCCCGUGGGAAGACUGGGACGCCAGGACGUCAGGUCAUCCACCGGGUGGAAGGUUGCCAAUGUCUUUAACUUGCUGCAUUUAGGACACCAUUUUGAAGGUUCUUUCAUUUUGACUUGUGGAGCCACACAUACACCAGCUGAACCACACAGCUGCUGGUGCAUUUUUUACUGAGUCUUGAACUCUCCAGGUCCUGCUCUGCAGCAGCAGCUCAGAGACACUGAACCUGGAUCCUCAUGCUGUUACAUGUUUCCUGCUUAUGGUGGAGAGUUUAGACACAUUACUGCAGCUUAGAACGGUUUUACUUUAUUAUAGAUGUGAGACGUCUUCAGGAAAACAAACAGACUUUGCGUUGCUGUGGUUGUAGUUCACGUUGUUUUGUCAUCAGCAUCGAGGCUUGGUGUCCAGUCAGGAAGUGCUCUGGUCAGCUGUGUGUAAUGAGCAGGAUAAUAAAUACAAAGGAGUGUUGUAAUGACUGCAGACAGACUGUAGAUGUUUCCUCUCAGACAUGUGACGACUGAACUUUGACCUCGUGUGUUUCUGACUCUUCACCUCUGUCUCCUCUCACAGGGAGAAGAUGACCUGCAGCAUCCUGCUGCUCAUCACCCUGACCUCCUGCGUCUGUGGUUCAUUUCCACCUGCAGUUUAUUAUCCAGAAAGAGAAAAGACUAAAUACUCUUUCAACCUCACUAACAGAGCAGGAGCAUUUGUAGUGAAUGUGACACAGAGCUCCUAUCAGGCAGAGGAGAACGAGAACAUCACACUGGAAUGGACGUUCACAACCAAACCUGACAGUUCAAACUCCCUUAAUAUCUUCUGUGAACUGAUUAUUGAUCACAAGGACUCAGUCCUGUAUCAUCUACAUGAAGGUGUUGAGGUCCCAGAGUCUCAGGAUGGACAGUUUGCAGGACGAGUCCAGUGUGACAGAGACGUCCUCAGAGAAGGACGACUCAGACUUCAUGUGUCCAGACUCAGGACUGAGGACUCGGGCCUGUACCUGUGUGAAGUGAGGACAACUUAUGGUGGCAGCGUUGGUGAAUGCAGACUCACUGUCACUGAUGUGUUUGGUCUCUUUACAGCAGCGAGGGAUCGGCCCGAACCUGAGAGACCAAACACAGAAAGUCGGGGAAUGAUCGGCCUCUACUCUGCACUGGGACUGACAGCAGCAGCAGCAGCGCUGGGUGUUUGUUACUGUUUAUUCAGUCACUUUCAGCCUGGUGAACAAAGUCCACCCAGUCAGUCUCAGCCUAUUGAACUAAUUCCACCCAGUCACUCUCAGCCUGGUGAACAAAGUCCACCCAGUCAGUCUCAGCCUGGUGAACAAAGUCCACCCAGUCACUCUCAGCCUGGUGAACAAAGUCCACCCAGUCAGUCUCAGCCUGGUGAAGAAAGUCCACUCAGUCAGCCAGUCUCCAGUGAUGGAUCUGAGCAAAGUUGCAGAUCAGCAGAUGGAUCAGAGGAAACAGUUUGAUCAACAAUGUAAACGAGACAAGACUGUUAGAAUUCAACUUUAUACCACGGACACAGAAAAUACCAGUUUCCCAUUGGCUGGCAGGUAAUAAAACUGUCCAUGAGAGCACAUCAAACAUACCAGCAGGUAACCAUAGCAACAACUUUGAAGCUUCACACACAUCACAUGAGUAAAAUGACAACAAACAAAGUGUAAAAGCUGCUAAUGAUGAAAACACACGCUGCCUUUAUAUUCUUCAGUAAGUGGCCGUGGUAUAAGAGUCAUAGUACACAGCUGAUAUACAAAAUAAUGGACCUGAUGGAGGAAACGCUGUUCUUCACCUUUACGCUGUCCAGUGUUUUGAUUGGACGCCUCAUCACACUCUGUCACUUAUCAGACAGACCUGAAAUCUAAUGCUGAGAAGCAUGUCCACCUCGUAUUCCAUGUAUAUGCAAAGUGUUUUUACCUUUUGUAUUUACAGUUCUGUAACUGCAGCUGUGAGUUUUGACUUUAUUUCCAGACUUUUUUAACUUCUCCACAUGGAGCUUUAACACAAAGAGCUGAAACCUUUUUUAUUUUUGUCAUUUAAAUGCACUUUAAACUGAAAUGUACUGUUUUAUUUUUGUUUGUUACAGCUGCCUCUCGUUCUCUCUCAAAACCUUCUGCCUCUUAAAGGAAGUUUUUCCUUGCCACUGUUACCGUAUGUAUGUAUGUAUCUUCAUUGAUCCCUGAGGGGAAACUCUGGUUACAACAGCUCAGUAUCACGUCACUGCACACAGGAAUAGAAAUACUAAGCAAAAAUAUAAUACACUAUAAUACAGGUCAGAUAAAUUAAGUACCAAGUGGGUAUGAGUAUGUACGGUAUAAUAAUACAAUAUCUACAACUUACUCAACAUGUCAUGCACUUACAGGACACAUUAUUAUGGUUGACAUGUUCUCUGCACUUGUCUUGAUUACUGUAACUGUUUUCAUGCCUUCCUAAGAGCCUUUUUUAAAUGGUUCUACUUUUGCACAUAGAGUUUAUUGAAUCUUUGGAGUCAUAUUUGGAUUGGAAUAAAUAAAAUGUUUUAUUUGUAUGAAUCUUGAA